UUUUGGGUUUAUAAUCACUACACAUUUCAUAAUCCAGAUGGGUCUUCCUCCCCAUGAAGCAAUCAACCAGUUCAAGGAGUUAAUGGACCAAGUUGAUGAGCCUCUUAAAAGAACAUUCAAGAACGUUCAUCAGGGAUAUGUAGUCGAAACUUUGGAGCGAUUUCUUAAAGCAAGAGAGGGAAAUGUUACGAAAGCCCACAAGAUGUUGGUGGAUAGCUUACAGUGGAGGCUGCAAAAUGGGAUAGAUGACAUUUUAGCUAAACCGAUUAUUCCUGCUAAUUUCUACAGAGGAGUUCGUGAUUCGCAGCUGAUAGGACUGUCUGGUUACACAAGAGAGGGCCUUCCCGUGUUUGCUAUCGGUGCAGGCCUCAGCACAUUCGACAAAGCAUCUAUCCAUUAUUAUGUGCAAUCACACAUUCAAAUAAAUGAAUAUCGGGAUCGUGUGAUACUGCCGGCUGCAACUAAAAAGAAUGGAAAGUAUAUUGGCAAGUGUGUGAAGGUUUUAGAUAUGAGUGGCCUAAAGCUUUCUGCACUGAACCAGAUUAAGCUGCUGACAACAAUCUCUACUGUUGAUGAUCUCAACUACCCAGAGAAAACGAUCACAUAUUAUAUAGUAAACGUCCCCUACAUAUUCUCAGCUUGUUGGAAGGUUGUGAAACCGCUGUUGCAAGAGAGAACAAAGUUAAAAAUACGAGUGUUGCAAGGUGGAGGUCGUGAUGAGCUGUUAAAGAUAAUGGACUACCCUUCACUCCCUCAUUUCUGCCGAAGAGAUGGGUCUGGGUCCGGGUCCGGUUCUGGGUCAGGAGCGGGCAAUUCGAAUGAUAAUUGCUACUCGUUGGACCAUCCAUUUCAUCAAGAACUAUACAACUACAUGAAGGAGCUAUCAGGGAUUGAUGAACCAAAAGAGCCAACAAAGCAAGGAUCAAUCCACGUGGAAGUGCCGAUGGGGGACCACGAAGGCGUAGAGUUACACAGAACGUUGGAAUCGGAGCUGAUGAAGCUCAGAACCCGAAAGAGCCUCUCUGGGUCUUUAGAGAAAGUCAAAGACCUUCCUGCUUUAUGA